GAUUUCGGGGGGAUGGAGUGCAGAAAGAGUGGUUGAAACUAUUCUUCCACUGCUUCUUGUUGGCAGAACAGUGUGAGGCUAUUGGCUUGGUGGUGGCAUUUGAGCUUGCUUUUCCUUGUUGAGUUGGGAGACCCCCACCAAGUUUGGAGUGUCUGUACAUGGAAUAUGAAGAGGAUGAUGAUAUUUCCUUUGCAAAAUGGAUGAGCAGCUUCUGGGGCCACAACUUGAUCGAUGAGAAUGAGAAGGAGGGUAGAGGCCACAAGAAACGUCAGACACGACCCUUUAGUGAAAGGAGAGCCUCCCUUCCGGCCAGGCUUUCCUCCCUCCGUACAACGCGACUUCAUGCUUCAACCAAAGGCUCAUCUUCAGGCCAUCUCAAGGGCUCCAAGGAAUUUCAAGAAGACCAAGAUGUCAAAUGCCACUGCCACAGGAAGGCAAACAGAACACCUUCAGCAGACAGCCCAGAAACAAGAUCAAACUCCAUCCGGGAGUUUGCAGAGUCCUUUGAAAAGCACUUGCAUCUCAAAAGCAAACGCUCAGUUUCUUUGCAACCUGAAGGUAUGAAGGAGAGAAGAGAAAGAUUGCAUUUGAGAAAAAGCAAGGCUCACAAGAGAAUGGGAGAGAAAUCGGAGCCAAGAAGAGAGCAGGAAGAAGAUGAAGGUUCGGAAGUUGUACCUGCAAAACACAAUGAACAGUUGCCAUCCCAAGCAAACAUUGAGAAAGGAUACUUAUACACAGCCAGCUAGAAUGUGUUGAGUGAUGAAUUUUAAUGAAUAACAAAUUUUAACAAUCCCCCUGAAGAGCAGAGGGAGCAUUUUUGUUUUGUUAUGACUAGAAGAGGCCUAGAAUAAACCCUAACCUGUAAAAUAAAAGUUAAAUUCCACUGCAUCAUUGACACCAUGUUACUACCUUCCUGUCUUUACUUUUUCUGUUAAAAAUGUGACCCUUGUCAUAGGAGUGUAUCUGUAGCAAGACCCGAGUUAGCAAUUAACUACCAUGAGAGGCUUUCAGGAAAAUUUAGCAUUGCGGCAGGACAGUGGUGGCUGUGUUCAUUUAAGACGAGAGCAUGUAAUUACAGAGCCAUACAAGAGUCAUCCAAAGCCUUAUGUUUCUGUUUUAAUUUAAAAUAGGCUUAUUGGUAGGUUUGGGAAGGAAAAAGUACACAUAAGCAGCCACCUGAUUCCUGGUCCUGACAUUCACUUAGAUUUGUCUUGGAAGCAGGUAUCUUUUUUGUUUUGACAGUCUCCCAACUCCAAAUUUAUGGAAGUAAUCAAAGAGAAGCCCACAUGGCCUCUUCUACACUUUCCUGAUGGCUUACUUCUCUCUGCUCUCCCUAUCACUGUGCAAUACAACUCUUGUUUCUCUGGCAUCCCCUAGCCCCUCUCGGAUGUCCUCAGUCCCAUUUCCCCAGUCACACAAAUAGUCCUUUCUCCCAACUGUAACCUCAUAAUCCUGCUUCUUUUGUGGCCUUCCUCCUUCCCAUUUACUACUUCAUAGCCCUGCCUCGUAGGUACCAACCUCUUCUGCUACAUCUCUCGUUUUGCCUCAUCAAAAUUUGAGACUUGCUGAAACCUCUCCAGUAAAAACAGAGGUGUUCUACCUCUCAUAAUAUCUUAAAAGGGUUGCCACACAUUCAGGGUGAAACAUAGCAACCCUUUUUCCCUUUUUCCCUUUUCUAGAACUAGGGCUGAACCAAGGGAAUGGGAACUGGCUCUGUCUAUAGUAAACAGGACUUAGGAAAAACUGUUUCCUCUGGCUGAAGAUCUCCUGAAGUCAGACAUAAAUCUCACCAACUAUAAGUAAGAUUUUCUUCUAUGCAGACGAAAUCUACCUCCACAUGCUCAUAAACACAUACACACCCACACAACACCUCCACACCUCCUUCUUCAACACGUAAGUCUUCCCUGGAGAGAAUAACCCUGCCCUCUUUGGGAAUAAUUUCCCCAGGCCUAGCAUAGAGAAAGCCUGCUUUGGAUAAUACAAUUAGAGAAGAGUGAAGACUAAUGAAGUAAGGAUCAGAAGUCAAAGUCUGCUGGGUAUUCUUCCUGUGAUUUUCUGUAAUUAACAUAGAUCAUAUUAUUUUACUUUAGAGCCUUAAUUUUGAAUGUUCAACCUUUUAAAAGCUUAGGGCAUCCUUAAAACUUUGUAACACAUCUCCAUUAAAGGAUUGGUUUUCUUUUUAAAUAGGGAUUUGGGGAUAUCUAAGAAAAAAAUUGAACCCUUGCUGAUGCUUGUAAAUUGCUUCUUGCCUGGUAACAUAUAUUAUAAACUA